CCGCAGCCCGCGCCUCCCACACUGACCGGACGGAGGCCGGGGCGGCGCGACUCGGCUGGGGGGCAUCAUGAAUCUAGCCGCCUUCCCCGCCUCCCCUGCCACGCCCGCGGCCCUCCCCUGCAAUGAGAUGCCAUUAAAUCCCUCCUCCGCUUUCUCCUCCUCGCUGCUCCGCCGCUCGCUCCGCGCGUCCCUCCGGAGGAUCUCCCCGAUGGCCUCCGCCGCCGCCCCCACCUCCGCGCCCGCCGCCGCCACGGAGAACGGCGCCGCGAAGGUGGCGGAGCAGCGGCCCGUGCAGGUCGCAAAGCGAUUGGAAAAGUUUAAGACAACAAUUUUCACUCAGAUGAGCAUGCUUGCCAUCAAGCAUGGGGCAAUAAACCUUGGCCAGGGCUUUCCGAAUUUUGAUGGCCCAGACUUUGUGAAAGAGGCUGCUAUUCAAGCUAUCAAUGCUGGGAAGAAUCAGUAUGCAAGAGGGUUUGGUGUGCCAGAACUGAACUCAGCUAUUGCUGAACGAUUCCUGAAGGACAGUGGAUUGCAAGUUGAUCCUGAUAAAGAAGUCACUGUUACAUCUGGAUGCACUGAAGCGAUAGCUGCAACGAUACUAGGUCUCAUCAACCCUGGUGAUGAGGUGAUAUUGUUCGCUCCAUUCUACGAUUCAUAUGAGGCUACACUAUCAAUGGCCGGUGCCAAUGUAAAGGCCAUUACCCUCCGUGCUCCAGAUUUCGCAGUUCCGCUUGAAGAGCUAAAGGCUGCAGUCUCCAAGAACACCAAAGCAAUAAUGAUAAACACACCGCACAAUCCAACUGGGAAGAUGUUCACAAGGGAGGAACUUGAAUUUAUUGCCACCCUCUGCAAGGAGAAUGAUGUUUUGCUGUUUUCUGAUGAGGUCUAUGACAAAUUGGCAUUUGAGGCUGAUCAUAUAUCAAUGGCUUCUAUCCCUGGCAUGUAUGAGAGGACUGUGACCAUGAACUCUCUGGGGAAGACAUUCUCUCUUACAGGAUGGAAGAUUGGGUGGGCAAUCGCACCGCCACACCUGACAUGGGGUCUAAGGCAAGCACACUCAUUCCUCACAUUUGCCACCUGCACACCAAUGCAAGCAGCGGCGGCAGCGGCUCUGAGAGCACCAGAUAGCUACUUUGAGGAACUGAAGAGGGACUACAGUGCAAAGAAAGCUAUACUGUUAGAAGGACUAAAAGCUGCAGGGUUUAUUGUUUACCCAUCAAGCGGAACAUACUUCAUCAUGGUCGAUCACACCCCGUUCGGUUUUGACAAUGACAUUGAGUUCUGUGAAUACUUGAUUCGUGAAGUCGGUGUUGUUGCUAUACCACCAAGUGUAUUUUACCUGAACCCUGAGGAUGGGAAGAACCUGGUGAGGUUCACCUUCUGCAAGGACGAAGAUACCCUGCGGGCCGCGGUCAAGCGGAUGAAGACGAAGCUGAGGAAGAAAUGAAGCGCGGGGGAAAUCCCAUGUGGCUGGUGAUUGCUGAAUAAUCUGCUCGUUUGGACUGCGGCAGGAUGCAUGUACUACCCUUUUUCUAGCAAUAGUUAUCCUGUCAGUGACUUCAUACCUAGUGUCUUCUACUUGUCCGUGUAUGGAGAUGGUGAUGGAUCAGGAUAGCUGCCGGUACACCUUUUUGUAGCCUACUGAACAAUUUGCGGCCGCUAUGUGUUCACCCUCCUCAACCUAUCCUGUCACCAGACCUGCCAAUAAACUGAUCAAACCAAAUCCUUCCAACAGUGACUCUGUUCUUCACCCUUUCUUCAAGCGCUUUCAAGCUUCUGACUUGUCAAUGAGAAGAUACCCGAGCAGCAACGAUCUAUAA